UAAGCUAUAUAUCCGACUUCACGUGAAGGCGGCCUGAUUGAGUCCAGACUUUGAAGUUUCUGUGACAGGUCCCAGUUUGUGAUUCCGUCGGGUGGUGGAGUCGUACCGCCGCGAGAUAGAAAUGAAAUCAUUCUAAAAUAUCCCAAUUGUAGUUCAGCUACAGUUAGUGUUUCUUUUUUUUUUUCAUGGACUGACCGACGGGAACGGGCACGGUUUAAAAGGAGAGUGGGAAGCUACAGUGAACGGCUCCGACUGAAGACGCUAGUGAACGUAUCAGAAACGCACGUGGGCCAGAUGCCGCCAGUCCCCGCUACAGUCUGAACCGGACUUCGCAGCGAGUUAAUGCGUCGUUACAGGAAGAAGUGUUAAAACGGAUGUAUGACAAUGACCCGUGCUGUGAGCGCGACCAGCCACGUGGGUGGAUAAACUGUUCGAGAAAAAACAUGGGAACUCAAGGCGCAGGGCGGAAAAGGUCUACCAAGAAGGAGAGGUCGACGGCAGAGGACGAUGCCCUAAAUCUCAUAGCGAGAGAGGCCGAGGCCAGGCUGGCAGCAAAGAGGGCAGCCAGGGCAGAAGCCAGAGAGAUCCGCAUGAAGGAGCUGGAGAGACAACAGAAAGAGAUCUUUCAGGUGCAGAAGAAGUAUUAUGGCUUGAACACCAAAUUCGAUGACCGUGUGGACAGCAGAUGGGGAGAUAUUGAACAAUGGAUGGAGGACAGUGAGAGAUACUCACGUUCUUCACAGAUACACAUGCUCUCAGACGACGAUGAGCGGAUGUCAGUGGGAAGCCGGGGAAGUGUCAGGAGCUCCAGACUGAGUGAUGACAGCCGAGUGUCUCGUGCCUCCAGAUUAGACCUGCAGCCGACUUCUUACGCUUCCUCUGAUUUGUACAGUCUCAAUGGUCUGUCCACCUCAAGAAACUCAGGUUCAACUUUCAAUGGUUACCAGUUCUACAGGUCACUCAAUCAGAUCACCCAGCAGCUCUAUAAUAGGAGCUCCUUAUAUGAAGACAGUCUCUGCAGCGGAUCACGGCGAGUCACUGGAUCCAGCUGCCAUCCUUUAGAGUUCACUAGUUAUCGCCGUUCCAGCUCCAGAGCUUCCAGCAGGGCCAGUUCAGCCCGUGCCAGCCCAGUGGACAACUGCGGCUCUGUUGCCAGUUUUUUGAGGAGUGCAGCCAAUAGCAGGGGCCUCUCUCGGGACCUGGACGAUGUUACUAUUCCUGACUUUUCAGAUGUGGAGGACAGAGAUUAUCUUGAGAAGGGAUCUCGAGCAGCUUCUGCUUCAACUGCAGCAACCCUCACCUCCUCAGGUGGGACGUCCUCCCGGAGAGGGAGUGGAGAGACAGCUAUAACUGUAGACACUGAGACCUCCAUACGAGAAAUCAAGGAGAUUCAUGAACUGAAGGAUCAGAUUCAAGAUGUGGAAACCAAGUACACACAGAACCUAAAAGAAGUCAAGGAUGCAUUAGCAGAAGUGGAGGAGAAGUAUCGUAAAGCCAUGGUGUCCAAUGCCCAGCUGGAUAACGAGAAAAACAACUUGAUGUACCAGGUGGACACACUCAAGGACUCACUCAUGGAGCUGGAGGAACUGCUGUCUGAGUCCCAGCGAGAAUAUAAGGAGAAAGUCAAGGAAUACGAGCGAGAGAAACAUGCCCACAGUCUCCUUCAGUUCCAGUUCAAUGAAAUGAAAGAGACACUAAAACAAAGUGAAGAGCUACUAAAUGAGAUCCGUCAGCUGCAUAUGAAACAAGAUGGUUUUGUUAGAGAAAUAUCUGACCUGCAGGAGACAGUGGAGUGGAAGGAUAAAAAAAUUGGGGCCUUAGAGCGACAGAAAGAGUACACAGAUGCAAUCCGAACUGAGCGAGAUGAGCUCAGAGAGGAGGUGGUGAAGCUGAAAGAUAUUCUGAAGAAACAUGGAAUAGUAUUGGGACCCGAUCUAAACAUCAAUGGGGACAUUGGUGAAGCAGAAGUUGACAGGUCCCCCAGUGGAGAAUCUGCCUGCCAACCAGCUCAGGAUUCACAGACCAACCCAACAGAGGGGAACAGCAUGCUCGGCAACACAGAGAAGACUCAGUUGAGAAGUAGCAGAGAGGAAGAGGUGGAUCCUGAGCAGCAUCAAGAAAUGCUGAAAGAGGAAGACAAAGAGAAUCAGUUGAGCUAUGAUACACUCUGUAAUGUUGCUGAUGUGUCCACACUGGAAACAUCUAGCGAAGAACAGCCGACACAUGAACAACAGACAUGCUUAAGCACAGAGGAAGACAGCGUUGGAGAAAGCGGCCUCAGCAAGGACUUAAAUGUUCAAAGUAAUGACCGUCCAAUCACAGAAGCCAAAGAUAUAAUUGUUUGCAGCCCUGAACUUCAAGAAAUUGUAACAAGUGCUGAGGAAAAUAUUCCAGAAACAGAAACGCCUGAGGGUGGAGAUUUAGGGGAGACAAAUAACCCAGAUUCAGGGGAGACAGAAACCAAAAGCAGUAGAGUUAACACACAGAGUGAUGAUUUUAGAGAGGCAAAUAACAAGCUUUUUGAAGAGCAAGAAAACAAACAGGAAGAAACUGAGGAAAGUAAUUUUAGGAAUACACAAUCAUGUUCUCAGCAAAAAGUCGUCAAGGGUGUUAUGAAAGAAAAUUUACCGCAUGAGACCAUCUCAGCUGCGUCAAACACCGAACCGCAACAAGAGCAGGAGAAUGCAGAAGAGGCAGAGAACAAUGAGGCAGAGGAAAUAUCCACUAAGUCUCAGGUUGCUACUGCUUCAGGGAAAAAGAAGAAAAAGAAGAAGAGGGGCAAAAAGAAAGGAGGGAACCAACAAAAAGAUGGAACAGAAAAAGAAAAAAAUGAAACAGAAGAAUCAGCAAAGAGAGAGAGAGGGUCAACAACAGAACCUAACAUUGAUAUUUCUGUCACUGAAACCCUCAAGGAAUCAAAGAUGGAUCAAGUUAAGAAUGAGCAGGACAGGCAAGAAACUGAUGAAGUAGAUACAGCAAAAGUUGUUGCACCCACUGAAACCCUUUCUCACAUUGAAACUCCCAAGGAAAUAAGUGUGGAUCAUGUUGAGAAUGAACAAAAUAAGGAACAAAGUUUGGAAAGUGAAACAGUAGAAACAGUAGAGGCUGUGGCACCCACUGAAACUUCUGCCCACCUUGAAACUGUCAAGGAAUUAAGAAUAGAACCCACAAAGGAUGAGCCACAAAAAGAACAAACCUUGGAAACAGAGAACGUAGGGAAAGUAGAAUCUAUAACAAGUCCUCCAGAGACCAAUCUCAGUAUAUCUGAUCUUAUUGACCCCUCCAACAGCACAGAGAGCACUGAUGGUUUUGACAAAGAGUGUACUUGCAGUGUAGAUAACUCUGUAAGUGGAGACAUCUCAACUAAGGGUGAAUUCAUCCAAAGUCAGUCAGAAAUUGUUUAUAAUGUAGAGGAUGAAAUUGGGUCUGUUGACGAGACGAAGCCUGAAUGCUCAGCUAAUAACCCAGAAAACAGCCUUGAAACAAACAGUAAGGAAAACACUGAAGCUGAAUCAUGUGUUCCAAGCAAUGGUGACAUUGCUGCUGAUGAAUCUGAAUCCACAACCAAUUCUGAGAGAAAGGACUUCACAUCAGUCUUGUCGCCAUAUACUAAUGACUUAAGCGACUGUCUCAAAAGCUCAUCUGACUCAGAGUUACCAUCAGAGCUGACUGUAGCCAGGAACUCCCUUAGCGAUGACACUCCCACCAAGAUUUCUGACAGUGGACUAGAGGAGGCAACUGAGACAGUUAAAGAUGAAGAGGAGUCGGGAAUAGAGACUGAACAAGAAUGCUUUCCUCCCAGUGUCAUUUCUCCCAGUCAUGAUGGUGGUACGCCAGACCUAAAACAAGAUGGAACACAAAAGGAGAAGCUGAACACAGAGUUGAGGGAACCUGAAGAGUUAGUUGAACCAGACGGAUCCUCACAUGAUGAAAAAAGUGACAGUUUUGACAGCACAUCAUUAACGAAAAACACAGAUGCAUUAGACACUGAAAAGAGUCUGUUGGAGACUGUUGCUCAGGUUGAACAUUUAGACGAUGUAGAAAACCAGACAUUAGAGUGUGUACAACAGACUGAUGAAUCAAAUACUGAAGUUUCUUUGGAAACAGAUGAGAUCAGUACCAUUGACGUGUUAAACCACCAGACACCAGACCCUCCAAAAGAAGCUACAGAGGUUGGUUCCUCUAUUGAGCAGGACCACUGCACUGAAGACUCAGCUGUUGCAGAAGAUCCUGAACAUAAAACCAGUCAAUAUGAUCAGGAAAGUGAGAUCUCUCUCUGUCCUUCAGCUGAACAACUGAAUGAAUCCAGCAAAGACAAAUCUGAGGAGGAUAUAUCUCAACCCACCCAGCAGAACAGUGAUGAAGAGGAUGGUGAAGAUGAGGAAGGGCAGUCUUUUGAUUUUGAUGACAUGGAUAUUGAGGCUGCUGUAGCAGCAAAUCCCCCUAAAAAACAAGAGGAAGAAGUUGAGGAGGGAGUUGAGGUCAUGUCAGAUGAAAGCCACGAUGGUAGUUCAGAGCUGUGCCAAAGUAAUACUGAGAAAAAUGAAAAUACACAAAACAAGCAAGUUGAAAGUAAUGACGAGAAGAGUACGGUUGAUGUGGGUAACCAGGUUGAGAGACUAGAUAAAGAGUUGGAUACUAUGCCUCAAGACAACCAAAUCUCUUUGGCUCACGAGGAAGCCACAGCAGAUGGGGCAAUGCACAUUAUCGAGGAAGGAAAGGUUUUGAAUGUUGGAGAGUUGGGUGUUGUUGCAGAGAACAUUAACCAGGCAACAUCUUUACCAGUAGAGGAAGGAUUAGAUGCCAUUAAGCAAGAGUUGCAGGGUGACGAUUUGGUUUUACCAAAGAGUGCAGACCAAGUGGCCAGCAAAAAAGAGCCACCGCAGUCAGGGAAAGAUGUGAAGAAGAAUGGCAAGAAAGGCAAAGGCAAGGGCAAAGAGGACUGUAAGAUGUCUUAGUUCAUAGAUGGUAUAUAGUAUACAUUUAUUUGAUGUUCGUUUAAUAGUCUUUGCUUAGCUGUUAACAAAGUGGUCAAAUUAAUAUCUGCAAUACUUCAAAGCACUUUGAUCAUUUCCUAAAUGAACAUUGGUGUAAGUAUGUAUUUAAUUUUUAAAAAUGCUUAUUAACUAUCCAAAGUCCAAACAUCAGUUUUCAUUUAGGUCAUAUGUGCAAAAAUAAAUUCAUUUGUGGAGAGAUAAGGAUGUAAACUGCUAUGUGACGGUAGAUUUUACUAUUCUGCACUUGAUGUAUCAGGCAAAAUGUAUUUAGUUAUUGAUGCACAUUUAUCAUGCUGCUUAUAAUGUUUUGUGAAUAAUAUUGCUUCGCAGUGGCUCUGCAACAGUAUUGCAGACCAUUUGUUCUGCUCUAUGCAAUUCUCAUUCCCUCAACUAACUCUCUUGUGUGUGUUUCACAGGUGUACAAUUAAAAACACACAUGAUAAUUGCUAAUUCUCAUUAAGACUUAAGCAAACCUGCUUUUACAUGUUCAAGCCAUAAUGUUGAAGGUUUAAAUGAAAAAUGCAUGGAAACCCCAUUCUGUUUACAGGAAUUAAAAUGACUGUUGUUUGAUUUAAAUGAAGCAAUUUCCAUCUACAAGGACUCUGAAUUCUAAGGCACAUAAAUGUAUGAUAAAUGCAUGUUUGAAUUUUGUUGCACUUAAUGGAAAAGAGGAAUGUGGUGCCUUAACAAUGAAAUGCCAAUAAAUCCCCUGUUACCAAUUUGAAAUGCAUUUUAGUAAUGAAAUUCCUUGAGUGACAUAAUGAAAAGCAAUGUGUCACCUCUUGGCAAGAAAUGUUACAACCAUCUUUUUCAUUCAGCAUAUUUCUACUUAGAUGUCCAUAUGGACAUACUAUGUGGUCAUAUGGUGUGAAUGUACUUCUACCAGCUGUGUGCUCUUGCACUUACCCUCCUCUCCACAGUUUGUGCAUGCUAACACUCCCCCCUUAUACUGUGCACCAUCACUCCCCCAUGGAUUCCUGCUCUGUUGCAUGCAUCAGUCUCCCACCCUGACCCAGCCCCCCCCCACCAUCUCCUUGGCUCCUCCCAUCCC